AUGCAGAGCUUCGGACCCUGGUAUGACGCAGCUUAUGUUGUGCCAGGAUAUGACUACACAACAUGGAGUGCCGGAGCAGUCCGGUCUGGUCCGAUGAACCUAGAAAGCGGGGCAAAUUACUUGGUCGAGAAAUGUGAGGGCAAUUUCGGUAUUCUUCUUUUUUGUCCGGUCCGACAGUUCAUUCGCGUUGAUUCUGCAAUCAUAAGGCCUGAUAAUUCUGGAAUUUGCUGUGCAGGAAAGACAGCUUGCCCAACGCAAACUUGCGACGAGCUCAAUUUUACUGACAAACUCGCAGCUUCGGUUAAUGGCCAGCAAAUGCUCAGUAGCUUGUCGACAUGGAAGGUCGCUGAUGAAAUGACCUCAAUUCCUGGUUGGACUUGUCAAGAUAUGAUCUCCAAUCGAAUGGAAAUUCAGUACUCCUGCUGGGAUAGCCCUGAUUUUGAUAUGACAUCAACAUCAGCUUCAUCAACGACGACGAUGAUGCCAACUCAGUCGUCAACAAAUAACCCUACUGCUUCCACCACUCCUCGACCAUCAUCAACUACUCCGACAUUCAGCUCGUCAACGUCAACGUCUGGUUCAACAACGACUCUCCCAAACACAACACUUCCGACAGGCUCCACUUCAACCGACUACACCAACACCGGAUCGACUCCGAAUUUCUCCUUGUCGAGCAGUUAUCCUACAACAACACCAUUCAACACGACCAUUUCUACUUCAAAGCCGUACACAAAUACAGGUUCAACACCCAAUUUCUCUUCUACCACCACGUCAGGAUCAACCACGAAGACAACUCAGCCAAAUACUACCCUCCCAACCGGCUCGACUUCAACUCAAUACACUAAUACCGGCUCCACCCCCAAUUUUUCUUCCUCAACUUCCGCAACCUCGACCACUCAGACAAAUAUAACUCUCCCUACCUUCACAUCAAGCUCUCCUCCGACGACAACAACCACAAAAGUCCUCCCAUCUUCAACAACAAUAACACAUACAUCCGUUACUACUCCAACUACAGAGACAACCAAAACAACUACUUCUGGAAUGAUGACGACGACGACAACGAUCAAAACUUCAACAAUGCAAUCCACAACCAUGAAAACUACCACAACAACAAAGCCAACAACAUGCGGUCUCGACGAAACGCUCAAACCGGGCGCUGUUGGCGAAGAAGUCGCAAGAGCUGCGGUCAUCAAAUUAUUGAAAAAACUCAGCGGAAAUCCAAGCGGAGACUUCGGAUUAAAAGAGUCUGGAUUUUUGCUUCGCGCAGCCUUUGCGUUGUCAAAAUUCGGCGAGAAGAAUACUCAGUAUGUUCAUCAAAUUUGGGAACUGGAUGAAUACCAAUUCAACCAAACUUUGAACUCUCCUCUUGCGGCUUUCUUGACAAAUGAUAUUGAUUGGUUCAAUUAUGAAACUCUGGUUUAUGAUCAACUGAAUGUCCCAUACUUCUCUCUGGUUGCUUUUGUUACGUAUACGGUCGGAAUUGUCAAGGUCCAAAUUACGAAUGACCUGGCCGUCCAGGGUGAGAUCUUCAAGCAAAUCACUCACAACAAGCUUACCGAAUGGGUUGACAAAAUCGCUGACUUGGAAAUCAUCCAAGCUGAAGACUGCGGAUCACAAAUGAACGACAUCGUCUUUCUGGUCGAUGAAUCUGGCUCGGUCGGUGCAGAUAAUUUCAACCUGAUGAAAUCCUUCCUUGAGCAGUUUGCUUCUGUCGUCAAUCCGGAAAAGACCCGGAUCGCAGUUCGACCAUUUUCAACUGAAACCUAUCUUUAUUUCGGUCUCAAAGAGAAGGAGAACAAGAUCGAUCUGAUCAGAGCUCUUCCUUAUCAAACUGGAUGGACCAAUACUUCCCUCGCUCUUCUCGGCGCAAUGAAUGAUUUUGAAGACGAUCGAAACUCCGUCAAAAUUGUCAUUACAAUCACCGACGGUAUCUCUCAAAACCCGAUUGCCACAAAAGCCGCUGCUGAGAAACUCAAAGCCGAUCCUAGAAACAUCCAAUCAUUCGCCAUCGGAGUUGCUGGAGCACAAAUGUUUGAAUUGGAAAAUAUCGCCUCGACUAAAGAACACGUCGAGAUGCUCGAGAACUUCCAGGCCUUUGAGAAGAUCCUCAGCACUGUGCUUAAUAAAGUCUGCACCACUGGAAUCAACAUCCAUCAGUCGGCAAAGAUCGAAAUUGCUGGAAAGACGGAAAAGAUAGAGAGCAAGCUUUUGGCCCUAAAAAUGAAUGGAAAGAAAUCGUUUGAGAUCACUUCUGAGAAGAAAGCCAUGGCGUAUGUUUUCUUUGAGAACUCCAAUCCAAGCUCUGCCAUGUACGAUUUCAGCUUCGAAAUCGAAGCGGGAACGACAAAACAGUUCACGACCGACAGAUACUACGAAAAUAUCUAUAUUGCCCUUUACAAUGUUGAAGUUGAAGCAACGAUUCUUUCAAUUUUCAUCAAUGACAAGAACUUUGAACUGAUUCCUGAGAUCACGAAAUGUCCUUUUGGAUCAAAAUGUGUUGAUUCUCAGUGCUUAUGUGAUGAGGGCUACAUCGUUUCUCGACGACCAGAAGGAUGCAUGUUCGACCCAACCCUGACCGCUUGCGAUCGCUAUGGCUCCAGAUGCGGUGAAAACUCAGUCUGCUCCGUUCAAAAAUACGCGCCCUACUACGAGUGCUCUUGCGCCGAAGGAUACAUUGGAGCUGCGCCAAAGUGCGUCAAGCAAUGCGAUGAUGGAGAGAGAGAAAUUAAAGAGUUUUUGGCUUUUGUCGAAUAUCUUUGCAAAAUUCAAUUUUUCAUCGACUACGAGCCGGUUGAGAAUAACAUUGUUGCGAAUUUAAAAGUUGCGCAGAAUUCUCAAGUCGAUGUGAAUGUCUCUUUGGAUUCAAUGCUCAAGCAUAUGAUUGCUUCUGAAAUGCCAGAGGAUGGAAAGUCGAAGCUAGAAUACAUGCUUGGCAAAAAUAUCGAAGACUUUAUGCUUCAUUUCUUUGAAAAUGGAAAUUUAGAUGACCUUUUCGGAGGUCUGUAA